AAAACUAGUGACUUUUCUGCGCUUCACGCAUGAUAUUUGUUAUUUGUUAAUUAAGCAUGAUAUUUGUUAUUUGUUAAUCCUAAUGUUUGUAGUUGUUAAAAUAUAUGAGUUUGUUUGUAUUAAACUUUGUCUUGGUUGUAUGGUCUCACUACUUGAGUUCAAGUAUCUAUAUCUCAAGUGAUUUGUUUAUUUCGUUAAUAGCAAAAAGUUCAACAAUGAUUUUGCUAUAUCUCUUUCUUAGCUACUGAUGCAGCAUAGGAAUACUUCCAUCAAGAGCUUUCGGUUUUAAUGUUAUUUCCUUUUCGAUUUGUACUUAUUUCUUUUGUUUUAAGAUAAACAUACGUUUUUCCUAUUACUAUAAGGAUUUAGAUUAAGACUUUUGGAUGAGGUAGAUUUGAAUCCAAGAGGACUUAUGAUUUAUGCUAAGUAGUAUAAAUAUGGAUCUCUAAACUUGUAAGAGACCACCUUUAUUUUCAAUUUAAUGAAAGAGCUUUGGCUUUUAUCUCUUGCAUUUGGCUAAAACUAUUGUUUUCAACUAACACAAGACGUGUGAUUUCGAGUGGGCAUUCUUAGACUAAACGUUCGGAUCCACAUACUAUAUUAGUUGGUAUCAGAGCCAUAUUAACUUGUAUAAUUUUCUGGUUGGCUUUUUGUGAUUAUGUAUUUGACCGGGAUCCAUGGUAGCUGAUGUCCCAUAAUCUCCUCAACUGUGGAUGCUCCUGGUCCUGUUUAUGCACCAAAUGAAUCAUAACUUUAAUCCAUCACUUUUAAUUCAUAUAAUGAGGUAGAUGCGUAAGCAGAGAGUAAAUUCAACUUUAUUAGUAUAGAUAGAUAGAUAGAUGAGUUCUACUGUCUGACCUUUAGUUCCUUUUUAAUUAAAUCCAACUUUGACAAUUGAAUGUUUAAAUGUUAUAUUUUGUUUGUAUUCGAAAUUAUUACUUGAACUGAUGGGUAUUUUCUGGUUGGCUUUUUGUGAUUAUGUAUUUGACCGGGAUCCAUGGUAGCUGAUGUCCCAUAAUCUCCUCAACUGUGGAAGCUCUUGGUCCUGUUUAUGCACCGAAUGAACCAUAACUUAAAUCUAUCACUUUUAAUUCAACUUUAUUAGUAUAUAGAUAGAUGAGUUCUACUGUCGACCUCUAGUUCCUUUUUAAUUAAAUCCAACUUUGACAAUUGAAUGUUUAGAAUGUUUAGAUUUUAAAUUUUGUUUGUAUUCGAAAUUAUUAUGUGAACAAAUAGGUAUUCCCCGGUUCCUUUUUGUGAUUAUGUAUUUUGACCAAGAUCCACGGUAGCUGAUGUCCCAAAAUAAUAAAUAAAUUCAUAAAUAAAUGUAAAAAUAAAUAUAAAAAUUCAAAAAGAUAAAUGAGUAAAUAAAUAAAUAAUAAAUUAAAAUUUAUUAACGAAUUAAAAUAAUUAAAAAUAAAUAAAAAUUCAAAACAAAAAAUUCAAAAAGUUCAAAAUAGGUAAAUAAAUUUAACUUAUGCCAGUGAAAAAUUCUAACAUAUUUGUCAUAUGUGAUGGCUUCUCAAUAUAUCAACAGUAAACGUUUUUUAUCUAAUAUUAUUAUUGAUGUUGAUAACUUCGUGACAAAUUGUUGGUGAAGGUUUCCGAUGUAUCGACGGUAACGGUUUAAUGUUGAUAACUUCUUCACAUAUCAUUGUUAAUAUAAUUUUUACCUUGAUAUAUCGGUAACCGUCAUUAACAAUAUGUUAAGAAGCUAUCAACAUCAAUAAUAAUAUGUAUGAAAAAUAUUACCAUCGAUAUAUUGAGAAACCGUCACAUAUGAAAAAUAUGAAGGAAAUUCUCAUUGGCACGUGUUGAAUUGAUUUACCUGUUUUGAACUUGUUAAUAUUUUAAUCUAUUCAAAAAAUUAAUUAAUUUAUCCAUUUAUUUUGGUUGUCUGAAUUUUUUCUAUUUAUUUCUGAAUUUAUUUAUAAUUUUGAUUUUUAUUAUUUCAUAUAUUUUUAUUAUUUUAGCUGUUUUUUAUUUUCUAUUUUUAAACGAAAAAAUGUAAAAUAACAGACACAUCAUAGUUUUCACGGAUCAAUAGUACCAGUCACAUUUUGUGUGGUAAAGAAGUAAGUUAGUGUCAGGGUUUUAUGUGUUAACAUAACUGAUUUAAUGGUUUUGAAGUGUGAGUUUUCGAGAACCAAAGUUUAAGUGCUAUUUUUUCUACACUUUCAUGGUUAAAAAUGCGAUUUCCCUAUAUUUUUGGAAAUUGCCUAAACUAUCACAUUCUUAAUAACAUUUUUCAUGUUUACAUUAACCACAUUUUUCUUCAUUUUUAAAAAGUUAAUAAACACUUAUAACCCUCGGGUUAACUAAUUUAGACUUAGAAUUUAGAGUUGAGGGAUUGAGUUCUGAAAGGUGGGUUUAAAAUUUUAAUAAAUAUAUAAAUAAAUUUUUAAUUUAAAAAAAUAAAAAUAGUUUCAAAAAUAAUUUUUGAAUUUCAAAAAGAAAAUUUGAAAAGAAAAAAAUUGAAAAAUAAUUUAUAAAAAGGCUCGAAUUUGAAAACGUAUAAGAAAGUAUUUGUAAAAUGGUACAUUUAAUUAAGGUAAACAUGAAUAAUAGUAUCAAGUAUCAACAAUAUGGUAAACAUGAAAUUCUCCCUUAUUUUUUUUUAGGAUUUACAUUGGAGCAAUGUUUAUUUUUAGUGGAUAUUGAAUAGUAUGUAAGUAAACAUAUCAACACUAUUAUUUGCGAAACAAUUUUUCACAACGGAGCCCUCACGUUAAAAGUUAGACUGAUUAAUGUCAUUGUUACACUUAAUAAAUUUUUAUAUAUUUUAUUAUAAUUAAAAAUGAAUUUAUAGUAGUAAUAUCAUUUAAAAAAGAUAAUUCUUAUAUAUUUUGAUGUUAUCUUAAUGAAUUUAUAUAUAUUUAAUUAUAUAAUUAAAAUCGAAUUUUAUAUUAAUAAUAUUAUAUUUUGAAAACAAGAUAAUUCUUUUAUAUUGUGUUGUUAUCUUGAAAUAAUAUUUCUACUAUAAAAAAUUUAAAUUAAGUUAUACAACAAUUUAUAAUUUAUAAUCAAAUAUUAAUCAAGUGAUUACAUUUGCAUAAAUAUAUUUUCAAAAAUACUUUUUAAUAUUUGAGUGUUUUUAAUGAAAAACUUAUCAUAUAUAAAGAAUCUGAUGUUUGAUUUAAUUUUUUGAAGACGUAAAAAAUAACUUAUCGUGAUGGUUUGAUUUAAACUAAUAAAUAUUCAUAAAAAGAUUAUGUCCGAAUAUGCAGGCAAAACACGUAGUUUUGUUACUAAUCGAAACAUCAAUUCUACGUAUAAAACGCACUUGUAUUUAUAUAGGUUUCAUGAAAUUUACUACAAAAAUUUGAAAUAAGCAAAUAUUUUGCGGUCUCUUUUGCGAUCAACAAAUCUCCAAUUUUACGUUGGAAAACAUUCUUAUAUAACUGUUGAUUUAAAAUUUGAACAAAAUCUCCAAAUACACCUAUAAAUUUUCAAUUAAGUUUGAAAGCCUUUUAAAUUUUUUUUUUUUUAAUUAAGGGGAUACUGUUGCCUCUUUUAUAACUGCUGAUUUGAAAUGUAUUAUUCGAUAUAGAUAGUAAACACGUUUUGUUACUAAUAGACUAGUAAUAUGAAUGUUUAAAUUCGAAUAAUAAUGAAAAUAAACAUUACAAAUUUUGAAUUAAGCGCAUACCACUGCUUCUUUUAUGAUAACAAAUCUCCAGUUUCUCAGCUCUCUCUCUAUCUCUAUGAUUUUUUUGAAUCUGUAGAUUUUCCUCAUACCUUUUCUGUAUAUUUUGCAGUAAAUAGGUCCCAUUAGUGUUCAAAUCAUCUCACUGAUUCUUUCGUUUUGCUAUUUUUUCUUUUAUAUUUUUGCAAAAUCUGGGAUUUUUUAUUUUCUUUGAAGCUCAAGUUUUACUACUCUGCGUCCCUUAAACAUCAAAAUAACUCUCUGUCUGAAGACAAAACCCAUGGAUGCCUCUCAGCCUUCUCUUCCACAAUUUCCAUCUCUCUCCGAGCUUGAAUCUCGGAUGCAAGUAUUGCGCGUCUCUGCUCUUGAAGAAAACCAAACCGGUGAAACACUUUCUCAGCGUGCUGACUGGUUUUACCAGAGACGUCCUCUCAUUCUCUCACUCUGUGAAGAUCUCUACGAUAGUUACACAACUCUACUGAACCGUUACAACCAUGCCAAACCACAAAACCUCCCUAAACCCGUUUCUCAUGACAAUGAUUCUGACACUAGUUCUGAAGUUACGAGCAUCUUGUCCUUCCAACAUAUGCAAAUCACCACUUGUGAUAAGCAGAAAAUCGAAGAGUUAGUCUCGCAGCUCGCGACCGCAAACACGGAAAAAGAUAUGGCGCAGGACGAGUUGCGUCGCGGAGAACAAAAGUUCCGAGAAGCUUCCAAGACGAUCGAGUUGUUAAAGAAGCUUGUGACGUUGCUUGACAUGGAGAAAGAAGUAGCGGUAGAGGAAACAACGAAUCUUGGAUACAAACUCACUUCUCUCUUGGAAGAGAACAGAGACCUCGCCACCGAAGCGCUGUUCAUGAAAAAAGAGGCAGUGAGGCUCGCUAGAUGCGUGCUUAAGAUGAGGAACGAUCAUUUUCACGAGAUGUGUCUUCUACAGAACCAAGUGUACGCGUUGCAGUCUUCAUCGAGAGAGUCUGUCUAUGAAAAUGAAACCUCGCCGAGAUGCUUUGGGUUGGAUAAGAGCAAGAGCAAGAAGAGAAAGAUGAGUGAAACAAGAACUGAACCUGGAGAGAAGAAGAGGAAGUCCAAGUGGUUGAAGAGACUUAAUCCGUUUAUCAAAUCCAGCGUUAGCCCAUCGCCUGCUUUGCUCCAUCGUCCUGCACAAUAAAUUAUUUUACUCUUUACGUUCAAUUUUGCAUAUUUUAUUACAUUAGUUAGCAUGCAUUGCAAUAAUGUUUGUCUGCUUA